AUGCCUGCUCCCGGUGUCGUCGUUCCCUUUGACAUGUCGCUGCACUCGCACCUCACUCCUUACCUGGCUGCCAUUCACGCUUCCUGCAUCACUCACGACCACACAAUAGCCACAUUCCUUCUGCCACUAUCACAUGAGAAGCUUCUAUCCUGGUGGAAGGAGCGGAUUGCAGAAACAAACGAUGGGAGACGAUUGAUGCUGCUCCUGGUGAGCGAGCUGGAUCCAAGCGGCCGGAUCAAGGGGCCGGAGCUCAUAGGCGUCGUCAUGCUAUGGAUGCCGUACUCGGAGACGGGGUCAUUUCGAGGCUAUGUAGAGAAGCUGCUCAUCCACAAGCAUCACCGGGGGAAAGGCGGCGCGAGGGCGUUGAUGAGUGCGUUGGAAGCAGAGGCCCUGAGUCGAGGCCGGACAUUGCUGCUGUUGGAUACGGAGAGCGGCAACCAGGCAGAAGCAGUCUUUGGCAGGCUUGGAUAUACCGAGCUGGGCAAGGUUCCGGGAUAUGGCAUGAGUCCUGCGGGAGGCUUGAAGGACGGCACGUUUUUCUACAAGACGCUUGAGCUGUGA